AAAACUUGUAACGCGACAAAAUGAAGCAUAAACUUUUGCUGCUGUUGCUAAAUGCAGCAGCUUUGCUGCUGAACUACGCCAGUGCACAACAUGAGGAUAUACCCUAUCAGCCAGUGACGCAGAUUUGCCAAACAUGCGUUUGCCUCAGUGUGCAGGACAGCAAUCAUCGGCUGCAUCAGACGCUCAAUUGCGCCACAAAGAAUUUCGAGCACAUACUGGCGCGUUGGCCCAGCGAGUUUGGCACACAGCAUACGGGCAUGGAGAUAGUUUCACUGUAUUCGGGCAACAACAUUAAAUUGCUGCAGCAGCUACCGGCGACAAAUGCAACGGUGACCUUUGCCUGUAAUCAUUGCGGCAUAAUGCAAAUGCAAGCGCCGCUGUUUAUGGAUGUGCCACAUGUGGAGAGUCUGUUUCUUGCGUGGAACAAGAUAAGCGACAAUACGCUGCAGCCGGAGCUGUUUCGUGGUCCCUUCAAUGGCAGCAAAUACGAACCAAUUGGCCUCAGAGAUCUCGAUCUGAGUCACAACAGCAUAGCGCGUCUGGACGCCAAGCUGUUCGAGUAUACGCCAGAGCUGCGCAAGUUGGCGCUAGCAUACAAUCGGCUCAGUGUGCUGGAUGCAACCACAACUGCUGCAUUGGCUAGCAUUGCCAAGCUGCAGCGCUUGGACUUGUCGUAUAAUGGUUUGGUUACGCUGCCCUCGGAUUUGUUCGCAAAGCAUAACGAGCUGCGCAGCUUGGACUUGUCCGGUAACAAGUUAGCCACAGUGUCCGCUAGCAUACAACAGCUGGGCGCCACGCUGCAGCAGCUGAGCCUAAUGUUCAAUCCCAUCAUCAAACUGGAGGCCAAGAGCUUUCAGCAACUGCAAGCGCUGCGGCGUCUCAACAUAAGCGACAUGCCCUUGCUGCGCAGCAUAGAGCAAGGUGCACUGCAGCUGCGUGCGCUGGAGCAGCUGGACUGCAAAAAUAAUCCCAAGCUGGAGCGCUUAGAGUUCAAUGAUCUGCAGCAAAGUCGCAAUCUAACUACGUUGGAUCUAUCAGGCAAUGGACUAAGCACUCUCAAUUUGAAUGUGAGCAGCAACAGCAGCGCUGCCUUGUGGCCACGUCUGCGUAGCUUGUCCAUAGCAACGAAUCCUUGGGACUGCAGCUGCGAAUUGCUGCAAGCUUUGGAACAAGCUGGUGCGCCUAAGUCGCUGUCGCCUGAUUCGGUGGGCGCGCGUUGUGACACGCCCUAUUUGUUGGCUGGAGCGCCGCUGCACAACUUGACAGCCACGCAGAUCUGCAGCAUGGUGAUACCUAAAAAGUAUAUGGCUGUGGAUGAUGAUCCGCCACGCUUUUUGCGCCGCCGCUAUGUAAUACUCACCGUCAUUAUUGCCAGCAUUGUGGUCGUGCUGGGAUUGAUCAUUGGUUUCAUUGUGGUCUGCAUACGUCGUCGUCUCAAGGGCAGCGACUAUGGCGUGCAGCCCAUACGCUACACCAGCGUGCGAGGCAGCAAUCUAUCCGCCUUCUCGCAGCUGCAGCCGGCUUCGGUUACCAGCAAGUUCAACAAUGCUGCGGCAGCAACAGCGACCACAGCUGGAGCUGGUGCAGCCAACAGCAAUUUGACGGGCGCACCAAAUGCUUGAGCAGUAUUCCUACUUGCAACAUGCCGCAAGCGCUUUGUAGCCAAAGAUUACAUGAAGAAGAAAGACAAAAAGACUUUUGCCAGCUUAUUCUGUACAUAUUCCAUUAUUUGUAUAAUCCAGAGCUGCUCCGAGUGUCUGGUAUUGCCAUCGCCUGUUUAUAUUUUUUGUACUUAAGUUCCUUAGUUUAUACAAUUUUUAACAAAUAAAAUGCAAUUU